CCGGGAACUCCUGUCCCAGGGAGCAGGGGCCAGGUGACUGGGGUCCUGGUGGCAGCUCCGUCGGCUUCCCAGCUUCUCCCGGCAGGCCUCAGUUUCUUCGGCCAUCCCCUAAAGGGCGCCUCGGGUGUGGGGCUAUGGGGACUCCUUUCAGCCCCCACCUAUAAACGUCCCCCGAGUAGAAUUAUGCGCGUGCUUGUGCCACGGUGCAGACUAGGGAGCGAUGAUGGGUGUGGCCGGCGUGUGGGCGGGGCCUCAGGGUGCCUACCUGUGGCUCCCUGCGGCUGGGAGGGUGGGUGUGUGUGGGAGAGUACGCGUGAUUCAUACCUACAGGAGAGUCUGAGAGGGAGGGUACGUGCCGGUGUGUGAGAGAGAGGGAGAGUCUCCGUGUGUGUGUGCGCGCGCGCCCGCGCCUGGGCCUGGAUCCGGGAGCGCUGGGGAGGAGAGAAGGUGGGAGGGCUCCGCCCCGCCCAGUCUUUGUCCCCUCCCUCCAUCUCCUUCGCCCCUCCCUCCCGGUCCCCUCUCGCCCGCCACCGCCAGCAGCAGCAGUCGCUGCAGCGUAGGUCCGUUCGUCCUGUUGGCCGGCCGCCCUCCCGUCGCUGGCUCCUCAGGCUCUCUCUCCGCGCUCCUCGAGCUCUGCGGUGCCUGGAUGCCCGCUCCCGGCCCCGGCAACAUGAGAAGAAGCCUCCUCCCGCCGCCUCUCCCUCUCCGGUCUCCCUUCCGAACCCUAGCCAAGAUUCUCCUGAUCCUUGGUCUUGUUGAAAGCAGUAGCCACCACACCUGUCCCCCGGGUCAGUUCCCUUGUGGCAACACGUCUGUCUGCCUUCCUCAAGUUCUUCGCUGCAAUGGCCAUCCAGACUGUGCCAAUGGGGCUGAUGAAGAAAACUGUGAGGACAACAGCGGAUGGCUAAAUCUCUUGGACCUGAUUCAGAGAACAAAGGGAAGCCAAACGAAGACUCGGGAACAACUGAAGGACUGCAGUGAGCAUCUGUCAGGCCUGGGGCUCUACCCCAAGGGAUGCAAGUGCUCCUGGCGGGUGGUUGACUGCACAGCUCAAGGGCUGAGUGGGGUGCCCCCAGCCCCGGACCCCAACAACGUGUCUCUUCUGAACCUCCAGAAGAAUCAGCUCCACCAGCUGCAGGACAAGCAAUUCAUCGGCUUCCAGAGCCUGGAGGGGCUCUUCCUGCAGAACAACGAUCUCCACUCCAUUGCUCCUGGGGCAUUUGCUGGCUUAUCCAAGCUAAGAAAGCUGUUUCUGAGUCACAAUCGAAUCCGCUCCCUCCCUCCAAGACUCUUCCAGGACCUCUUCCAGCUGGAGUGGCUGAUGCUGGACAACAACCAGAUCACCGACUUGUCACCUGAUUCCUUCCUGGGGCUGAAGUCCCUGUACUUUCUGUGAGUUCUAAUGGCGAUCCUCUCAAGGUGCUACCUGCUGCCCACUUACCCUGGGGAGCACGACAGUGUGCGUGUGGACAUGUGUGGCCAGGGGUGCGUGUGGGUGGCAGAGCCACACUGUAGAAGGGAGGGCUCGGCACACAACUGACCAUUCAGCAAGACCAACCACUCCGGCUUCCCCAGCGCCCCUUGCUCUGUGUGCAGCACAUUCAUACAUCUCUGUGUAUCUUUCUCCCCGCCUGGUUCUAUGUGUGGACGUCCUCCACUUAUGGAGACCGUGUGGUUCCCAAACCAGACACAGUGCCUGGUGCUGUGGCUCCCCCAGGAAGGUCAUGCUUCAGUCAGUCAGUCCGUCCGUCCUUCCUUCCUCCCUCCCUCCCUUCCUUUUUUCCUUCCUUCCUUUCUCCCUCCCUUCCUUCUUCCCCUCCUUCCUUCCUUUUCUUCCUUCCCUUCCUCCCUCCCUCCUUCUUUCCUUCCUUUUUUCCUUCCUUCCCUCCUUCAUUCCUCCCUCCCUUCCUUCCUUUUUUCCUUCCUUCCUUCCUCCCUCCUUCAUCCCACAAAGCUCUUGUCAUUUCUGCCAAGGCCCAGCGUUCAGUGCUAAGAGAGAGACAGACAUGGAUAGGGCAUAGUCCCUGACCACAAGGAGCUCACAGUCUGUGAGGGGGCAAGACAAAUAACUGGGCUGCAAAGCACAUGGUGAUUAGCGCACAGGAAAACAGCACUGGGGGAAUGGCCAAGGAAGGAGGUCACCUCCUGCCCUGGGAGCCCAGACCUGGCAAUAGAAAGAAGAUGGUGCUUGAGCUGGACCUUGAGGAGGAGCAGGAAUCUGACAGAUGGAGAUGGAGAUCUCAUGUUCGGGAACUAAGGUGCUUUGGGGGGACCCAGGAUAAGUAGAGGGGACUGGCAGGAGAGAAGACUGAAGGUGGCAGCUAGAAACCAGAUCAAGGGAAGCCUCACGUGCCCACCACAGGCCCUGCCCACCUGGGUGCUGGAUACAGGGAACGUGCUUGGUAAAUACUUGAGUGAAAGGAUAUUCCGCGGAGGCUACCCAUUCUUCACCACAUCGUGCUGUGGAACUGCCGCUGCCUCUUCCUGCACAUAAGCCGUCCCAUCCCUCAUCCUACCCUGCCAUUGUCUGCCAUUGUGUGAUCAAUUGUCUUUCACUGUAUGAAAUUUGCUAUUGUCUGUAA